AUGUUUUAUGCGAUGUCAUCAAUUUCCGCGAACAAUGCUCAAAAAUCCCUUUAUAAUGGACAUCUGUUGGAUCAAUUUAGUAGUUUGGUCCGAAACUAUUGUAAUCGUCAGGAAGCCAUUGAUUUUCCUGUUGAGUGCCCGGAAAUCUUCAUCACCAAAACUGCCAAGUCAACUUAUGAAAUCUCGAGUUCUCUCGAAUCCAAAAAGAUCCUCAUUCGAUCUCCCAAUGAUGAUCCGGUUUCUCAAAAGUUGGUCGAAGAGAUGUCGAAUGAAGUACGAAUUCUUCUUAUCAAGAAAAUGCCGAUGGCUUUGAUCCUUUCUAGUCUUAAGAAAGGUCAAAACUUGGCAAAAGAGGCGAUUGGCAUGUUGAUAAAAAGAAAGUGAGUUAUUUUCUGUUUCUAUUCUGCUUUGAAUUAAAAUAUAUCAUGUUUUCAGAGAUCCAUUGAACUCGUAUUUCUUGCUCGACAUCACUGAGCACAUUCUUGAUGAAUCGGAGCAAUUUGGGAGCCAGGAAUAUGAUGCAUGUCGAGGAUUUGCAAAGUGUAUUCAACGUAUAAUCCCUUUCGUACCUCAAAUCACUGAGACGCCAAAAUAUGGGUCGACUUUUGAAACUGAAUGCGUUCUGAAAAAUUGGAUGUUGAAAUUCGCUGAAGCGUUGGAAGCGAUUAAAUUUGGUGAGUUUUUGAUCAGGAUUAGGAUCAGGAUGCUCCGAAUUCGACGGUUUUUGAGAGCCUUGAAUCUCAAAAAUUUGAAUUUCUAUGAAAAAAUUAAUUUUAUAAUUCUUUAUUAAAAUAUUUUUCAGAUGUUGGCAAGAUUGAAGUUCCGAAACUCGAAUUGACAAUCAAUGAAAAACAAGAAAAAUUGCAGUUGAUCGAAUUGACUUUAUCGAAGAAACUGAACCUUCAAACAAUGACUAGACGGCUGAUCUCGAAGGUUUCACCUGCCAUAAAAGCCAAAUGCAUCUCACAAGAUCUCUCAUCACAAAUCACAUCUGUCUUCUAUUCAUCAAUCAAUCAAUAUGAACAAAAUUGUCGUAUGGUGAAGAAGCUUCAACACUUUCUGAUAUUUGCCGAAAAAGUACUGAAAGCAGAAGGUGAAUUUGGACCAACUUCCGAAUGGCACGCUCUUCUCGCCUUAUACAAAUAUGUUCAAGUUGUAAUUUAUAAAUCGGAUAUCAAUUUCCAUCAAGCAUUCAUUGAGAGCAUUAAAAUGGCAGUCGAAAAAUCGAGGAAUGAAGCAGUUCAACAGUUCUUUGCGUUAUGUGAUAGAUACAAGGUAAGUGUGGGGUAUUUUGUUCAUAGAAAAUAUAUUAAGAGAGCUUUAGAAAAAUUAGAGAGCUUAAGAGCUUUUUUGAAUUAGAGAUAUUCAUUUGAUAUACAAAUGAAGCCUAGAAAACCACAGGGGCUUCCAGAAGCUUUCAAAAGCCUCCUGAAGUCUUCAGAAGCCUCCUGAAGCCUCCUGAAGUCUUCAAAGGCCUUGAGAAGCCUUCAAAAGCCUUCAAAAGCCUAAAUAUAAGCAAAGAACACUUUUUUCAGGCGGAGGAUGAGGCAAAACGCAUGGAAGCCGCGUCACCAAAAGAUCAUCAAAACAACAUCAACAGUGGUUCGAACUUGGAAUCGCUCAUCCAACAUUGA